ACUAUUGUAAACCAAAUGAUAUUUAAGUGAUGAAUUGCUCCGUGUUCUGAUAAAGGGCGACACACUGUUUCUGGAGCGGCCGUAUGGCAAGCCGGCAGCAGGGAGCAAGAGAGUGGAGGCUGACGAUUGGACGCCGAGAAUAGGGCCUCUGCCACCAUCUCUUCUUAGUCCUCUCAGACACCGAUGGUGGUACUGCCAUCCCAGGCCUCCAGAGUGCCAGUUUAUGUCAAAAAGACUGACCAGGGCGAUUUCGACUUUGGUGGGUACCCAGUCCGUCUGCUGGUGGCAGACCUUGUUCCUCGCAUGAAGCAUGCUGUUCUCCUGGCUUGGUCCACCUCAGAUCUCAUGGACACUAGCUGCAGCAAUGAAUCAGGAAAAGUAUUCAGACUUCACUUGGAAGAUAACACAGGGUCUGUUGUAUGUGAUGUCCACUGUAAUGAUCACAGAAUGCUUCUAAAGAUCCAUUCAAACCAGUGGCUACUACUCACAGGUCUCUCAUCCCACACAAGACAAGAGUGUGGAUCUCUCUACCUCCUCUGUGACACCACCCAGGGAGCUACCAUUCAUACUGUGAGUGGUCUGGUAGGCUGGCUGAGGUCACCAUGUCUCCUCUCACUCACUCCUCUCGGUGAGGCUGUGGCAUCCAACUCUCCCCAUUUCACCACCGUGGUCACUCUGACAUCAUGGCUCCCAGUCUCCUCCACCGGACACCAGCAGAGUGGGAACUCUGUAAAGCGUAUUCACAGUUUUUGUGGAGGUGAAGUGAUGGACGAAAACUCAAAGACACUGUGCACCUCCUGCAAGAGUGAGGCUGGACUGUGGAGAUGGUGCUACCGUCUACAGUGUUCUCUGAGAGAGUGCAAAGAUUCAGAACCGAGACUGACAGGUCAAGAGACGUCCACAGAGAGAAUGUGCUCAAUCAAUGCCACACUUACACCUUCAGCAGCUGAAAUGUUGAUCCAAGUUCCUGCUCCAGAGUUCGUAUCUCUAUCGCCAGCUAAUCAGAGGGACAUCCUCAACGGUUUUAUCGACCACUCACUCGUACUCUGCAUCUCUUACGUGGUGGAGAAGGAGACUGGGCAUAUUGCGUACCAAGUAAAUGCCGUCUGCGAGAAGACUGAAACAUCUUAGCACAAACUGAUACAUCACAUGUCGAAUUAGGAUACCAGCAAUAUACGUCGAUGGAAAUGCAUAUUAUAUAUACACAGUUUGUAAGGGAUAUGAUCAAGCAAAGCAAGGCAUCAACGAGGACCUAUCUUUCAUCAUAACAUGAGGUGAUGUAGUUGUCCUGAGUGGUACAUAGUUCAUGUCAAGAGAUUGAUCAGGUGGAGAAUCACCGGUAAAACGCUAGAUGAAUGAUGUCGAACCUGUGCUGUUGAAUUUUUCAAUGCGCAUGCGUGUUUUUUUAUAAUCAUAAACACCGCGUCAGCACGCGCACAGCAAACGGAAGACUCAACAAUACUCUGUGUGUGCGUGUCAAUAGAGAUGUCACAGUCGUUUAACUUAGCUCUCGUUUGUUCCUUGCUGACGCUCCUUGGCGCAGCUCAUGCUACCAGCUGUCCAGGAGUGACUGCUGAUGGCCCCUCAUGUCAAGACUUAGAGGACUGCACUGAACUGCAAUGCCAGCUUCAGGCCAACGACUUCUUUUUGAACGGAACGUCCAGCAUUAGCCUGGACCCUUGCGACGACCCUCCACUCAUCACCUUCAGUCUUCAGUGGCUGAUGGACGGGAGCUUCAUUAUUUUUACCUACCAACUGAGUGACUCUGGCACCAUGCUGCUAACGGGGCCAGUCAAUAUCAGUGCCACAGUGGAGAAAAACGCCACAUCUCUUUCUUUCUCUGUGACAUCGGUGGGUUUACAAGAUGACAUAGACCUGAUACCCUGGGUACAGUAUGAUAUAAACACCACCCAAUGUCUCUGUUCCUCGGUGGAGCAACUUGCCGAGGAGAUACAGAGCCCUAUCGAGCACGACUGCUCGGCCACGCCCACCUGUGACGGGGUCACCUGUCAGCUAGAGGUGUUCGGCAACAUGUUCAUAGUUGAGACGGACAUCCUCUCAUGCACCACACCUCCCGCAAUUGACGUCAUCGUGAAGGAUUCAUCAGAGGACGUUGUCUAUUCGGGAGUAUUUGACGACAAUACCACUGGCAUCAUUACCAUCGCUGGUUUUGCCAUUCCGAUUGAAGUGUUGCUGAUACAGCGUCCAUACUCAAUUGAAGUGGAGGCCAAUCUGACGCUGCCAUUUUUCGGCACCAUCAACAUUGUGCCCCAUCACACCAUCAUUCUCGACCUCAGCUCCUGCUCCGACCAGCCGCCUGUGACUCCGCCCACCGCCGUGCCCACCGCACCCCCUACUCAAUCCCCUCCUCCCUCCGACGCCCCCUACCUCUGUCAAGCUCUGUAUAACCUGGCCAAUACGACAGGGACCGAGCUCUAUUGUCUCACCGAGUCCUCCUGCACGGGCCUCAUGUGCGAACUGGACACACACUCUUACUUAUACCAGUUAAACCUGUUGUUCCUGCCACGAGAGAACUCUGUGAAGGCUCAAAUUGUCUAUGAAUCAAUCUACAGUUACUACUACCACUACUACCAGAAGAAGGAUAUAGUUGAAGGGAAUCAGGAGUUUGAGUUUGAGGGGGGAAGAAAACGCACUGUGGUUGUGAAGGCUAAUGUCACCAGCUCAACACUAACAAUUGAGAUUAUCUUUAUCUUUAAAGUGGAUGGCCAACCAGACAGAACUCUCGUUCCCCCAACAUCCAUUGAUCUUCCAUCUGCCGAGGGUUGUCUGUGGUGGCUUCCUGCCGUCCUGAAUCUCCCCCAGUGCUCCUACCUGCUGGACUGCCAGGGCGUCCAGUGCAUCAACUACUAUGGAACUGUAGAAAAGUCGUCCGUCUUUAUCGGCGAACGGUGUGCAGACCCAAUAGCCGUGCAGCUAGAGCUUGCGGACCACAACGACGUAAUUGUAUUUCGCGGCAAUUUCACCGAGUCUUCGGACUUUCGUUCUGUGCUCAGCCAGGAGCUGUACACUGGGCAUGUGGACAUAUCUAGGAACGACACGGAACUCAGCGUUUCAGCCUAUUUUACAGAUGAAGAUAUUUUGGAGUCUCUUCUUCCGUACAUUACUAUUCCACUCGACCAGCAAUCUUGCUCAUGCAACUCUCUCACCGAGCUGGCCGCAAAGACUCAGUCGCCGCUGGAACACGACUGCACCACGAACGAGGCGUGCAACGGAAUCCGCUGCGAGUUUGAAAUCUUUGGUGCCUCCUUAUACCUGGAGACCAUCCUGCUGUCCUGUAACAGCCCGCCGGCUUUUGAGACUGUCGUUGAAGACAGGAACAAGAACGCCCUGUACACGAGCGUGAUCUCUCAGACUGGGACAUACCCAAUCCAGGUUUUGGGGCUGGAACUCCCGAUGUAUGUGGAGAUCACCCAUCAUGACUACUCCAUGGACAUAUCAGCAACGGUGUUCAUCCCACUGGUUGGAAACACCACGUUUAUUCCGCCCCACACCCUGUUCCUGGACCGCUCCUCCUGUCCCACCGCCAUCCCUCCUCCGCUCACCCCACCCCCCACCCCGACUCCACCCACCUACCCCAACCCCUCCACCCCCACUUGUAAGGGACUCGUCGACAUUGCAAAGGAGAACGCCAAAGAGCCGUUUGUGUGCCAAGUCACGACUGACACUGGAAACGAAGGGGAGUGUGACUCGCUCAUUUGCCAACUGGAUGUCGCGGGAUCUAGCUACACCAUGACACUGGUGCUGUACCCACAGGGGGGAGAGUAUGCCACCUCGGUCAAGGUGGAGUCAGAGGAUGUAGUCCUGACAGACAAACAAGUUAAGGAGGGGGGCAAUUUGAGUGUGUCCCUGCGAGAGGGGGUCUUGGCAUUCGACUUCCAACCCCAGCAGGGAAAUGCUCUGGCCAUCAAGGCGACCAUUACCGUGACCAAUGGACGGAGUACUACACUGAUUGACUCACAAGUGCCCCUGGAAGAAAAAGGUCAGCAGCUAACACUGUUUCGAGACCACCUUCUGUUGUGCCUACACGUUCCUCUGAGGCAUCUUCUGGUGCUAGUGAUGGAGUCAAGAUUGGAGUACCUGUGGUGGUUGUACUGGUGGUUGUGGCUGCCACCGUGAUAAUCCUGGCGAGCGUCUGGUUGUGGAGACGUCGUGCCACACGCAGACAGUUUGACUUCAAGCCCAUGCGAUUCUCAGACGUACAAGGCUCGCCACAGAAGGAGGCCGAAGCCAUGGAAACACCCGGGAAUGAGUAUGAACAAAUAAGUUGAUUCCACACUGACAACCUCAGAGUAAACAUCGAGUGGUAUUUAUCUUGCCGCUGUACCAGUUAAACUUGCAUACCAUUUCAAAAUUCAAGUGGUGUUUCGCACAUUUAAUCACCGUCUUUGUGUUUGUUAACCAAAAUUUGAGUGGUGUAUAUUUCCACAUUAAUCACCGUUAAUAACUUGCAUACUGUUUCAAAAUUUGAGUGGUAAUUA